GAAGUACUUCCCCCCUUCCGUGCCACGAAAGCCCUCUAUAUAUUUGUUAUGUUAGAAGACGAGAUGGCCUUAGUCUGCUCCUGUUUGAAUUAGCUGGAAAGUAUUUAGUGUGUAAUUCAUACACGGCAAAAGACGAAGAAUGUCACCAUGUCUGCACAAUCAAUGCUUGCUGAAAGGAUUGCAGUUGCAAAACAACUUUUGGGAAGAACAGAAAAUCUCUCCUGUUCACAAAAAGGGGGCAUAGAAGGAAGAACUAAACUUUGUAGCAAAUUAAGAGCUGAACUAAAGUUUUUACAAAAGGUGGAGACAGGUAAAGUGGCAGUUAAGGAGUCCCACCUCCAGAGUACAAAUCUGACUCAUCUUAAAGCAAUUGUGGAAACGGCUGAAAGCCUGGAAGAUAUUGUAAGUGUAUUACAUGUAUUUACAUAUAUAGAUCGUUUUGGGGAGAAGCAGACACUAGUAGUGGAUGUUGUAGCUAAUGGUGGUCAUACAUGGGUGAAAGCCAUUGGGAGGAAAGCAGAGGCACUGCAUAACAUUUGGCAAGGAAGAGGACAAUAUGGUGAUAAGAGCAUUAUUGAGCAAGCUGAAGAUUACAUUCAAGCAAGCAGACAGCAGCCUGUGCAGUAUAACAAUCCUCAUAUAAUCUUUGCUUUUUAUAAUGGAAUCUCUAGCCCCAUGGCAGAGCGGUUAAAACAAAUGGACAUUUCAGUUCGAGGUGAUAUAGUUGCUGUGAACAGCAUAAUGAGUGAUGUGAUAGAAUUGCAGUCAAAUGAUAGCAGCAGUGAGGAGGAUGAAGAGAACGAUGAAAACAGCACAGUUCCUGUAACAAAAGUGGAUAGAGACACCAUUGUAGCUAGCUUGGCUUUUCCUAUUGACUUCAAAGUUGAUGUCUGUAACAGGGUCAAUCUGGACAUUACAACCUUAAUCACAUAUGUUUCUGCACUCAGCCAUGGUGGAUGCCAUUAUGUAUUUAAAGAAAAAGUGUUAACGGAACAAGCCUCUCAAGAAAGACAUGAAAGGGUAUUUCCUAAAUUAGAGGACUUCAUGAAAGGAAAAGAGCUCUUUGCAUGCCAGUCAGCUCUUAAAGAUUUUCAGACAAUCCUUAACACAUUAGGUGGACCUGGGGAAAAGGCACGGGGUGCAGACCUUCUGCAGAGAAUCCAUAUGGUACCCGAUGAACCUUCUGAACGUGCCUUAAAACUGGUGGCAAGCUCCAAAGUUAACAGUCGCUCUGUCACAAUUUUUGGAACAGGAGAUUCUCUUAAAGCCAUUACAAUGACUGCUAAUAGUGGAUUUGUCAGAGCGGCUGCAAACCAAGGGGUGAAAUUUAGUGUAUUUAUUCAUCAUCCCAGGGCCCUUACAGAAAGCAAGGAAUGCAAAGCAACUCCUAUAUGAAUAUUUCAUCAUACAGUGGUCAUUUUUCUUCUAUUAUCUGAAAAAUUCUUAUAAUUGUUAAUAAUAGAAUGUGCAACAUGUCAGAAGAACAUUCAGAGUAUUGGACAGCCUUUAAAAUGUACUUCAGCACACAGUCUGCUCAGAGUAGGGACUGAAACUUUAGUUUGUGCAGUUGAAUUGAAACUUCUGAAAAUUCAUAUGGAAACAGGUGAAUUGUCAUAGGAGUAAAUAAUCUCACAUGAGCAUGUUAAUGAGAACACACAGGUGAAAAUUGAAAUGUGUUCCUCUGUGUAAAGUCACCAGUUGAUAAUAUGCUAAGGAAGUAAAUGUUAUGUGCUACUUUCAGUGUAAGAAAAAGAUCCAGUUUUAAUUGUUCAUGCCAACAGAAAGCAAAAUCUUUCAUUUGUGAGCUAAUGGCUAAGUGGAAUGCAUAUGGAUAACUACCAAAGAAUUUAAGAUCAUCUUCGCCACAGUGGAAUGCUGCAUUUCAAGGUGUGAUAUUUAUCAAAUGUCUAUAGCAUUUCUGCUUGUAAGAAUAAAAAGAAUAGAUUAUCUGGAAUGUUUAAUUUUAUAAAAAAUGUUUGCACUAACAAAUACAGAUUUUCAAAUUGUUGUAUUUUUUGGUCUGAUUUACUAUAUUUUUUGCAUUGAUUUUGCAUGGAAUUUCUUUUGUCUCACAUUGUUGUUUGUUUUGCUUUUACCAAACACAAGCCAAUGACAAAGGUUAUUAGUCUCACAUAAGAACAUAAAAAAUUUGACAAUUUAGAGGGGACCAUUUUUGCCAUUAGUUUUAUCUAUCUUUAUGACUUAAUACUGUUAAAU